GUGAACACCUCUGCUUAUUCGUAAUCCCACUAGCGGGUCCGGCAUAGGUCACGCCUCCAAUUUAGUCAAUGCCAAUGCUUGUUAAAAUCCUUCUACCGCCUUAAAAUCACCGCAGCCACCACUAGCACCACCGGAAGCACCACCGAUAGUUAUGGCGUUCUCAGAGUUUAGGCCACUUGAUGAGAAAUCUUUGAUUGAGUACAUCAAGGCCACGCCUGUAUUGUCCAACAAGGUUGGCAGAAAUUACGAUGACUUGAAAAUCAAAGAAGUUGGAGAUGGGAAUCUCAAUUUUGUUUACAUUGUUGUCGGCUCCGCUGGCUCUUUUGUCAUCAAGCAGGCCCUUCCUUACAUACGUUGUAUUGGAGAAUCAUGGCCCAUGACUAAGGAAAGAGCCUAUUUUGAGGCUUUGGCACUUAAAGUGCAUGGUCAGUUGUGCCCUGAACAUGUUCCUGAAGUUUAUCAUUUUGACCGUACCAUGUCUUUGAUUGGUAUGCGAUACUUGGAGCCUCCCCAUAUUAUCCUAAGAAAAGGAUUAAUUGCUGGAAUCAAGUAUCCUUAUCUAGCAGAACAUAUGUCAACUUACAUGUCAAAGACUCUUUUUUACACAUCCCUUUUGUAUCGUACCACCACUGAGCAUAAACGUGAUGUUGCUGAGUUCUGUGGGAAUGUGGAGUUAUGCAGGCUUACAGAGCAAGUUAUUUUUUCUGAUCCAUAUAAAGUAUCUCAAUACAACCAUUGGACUUCCCCUUACCUUGAUCGUGAUGCUGAGGCUGUACGUGAGGAUAAUGUCUUAAAGCUUGAAAUUGCUGAAUUGAAAUCCAAGUUCUGUGAAAGAGCCCAAGCCUUAAUACAUGGAGAUCUUCACACUGGUUCUGUCAUGGUUACUUCCGACUCAACUCAGGUUAUAGAUCCAGAAUUUGCAUUUUAUGGACCAAUGGGUUUUGAUGUGGGUGCUUUCAUUGGAAACUUAUUUUUGGCUUACUUUGCUCAAGAUGGCCAUGCUGAUUCAUUUGAUGACCGAAGAUCAUAUAAAGAAUGGAUUUUGAGGAUGACUGAGGGCACAUGGAAUCUUUUUCACAAAAAAUUCACAGCAUUUUGGGACAAGCACAAGGAUGGACCUGGUGAGGCAUAUCUUCCAGCAAUAUAUAACAACCCUGAGCUUCAGCAGAUUGUACAGGAAAAAUUCAUGAAAGAUUUGUUCCAUGACACCCUUGGAUUUGGUGCAGCCAAAAUGAUACGGAGAAUUGUUGGUGUAGCACAUGUUGAGGAUUUUGAAUCAAUUAAAGAUGAUAGCAAACGAGCUGAAUGUGAGCGCAAGGCCCUCGAUUUUGCAAAACUGCUUCUUAAGGAAAGGCGGCGAUUCCAGUCCAUCAAUGAAGUGGUGUCAGCCAUUCCUGCAUAGGAUUCAUGACAAACUUAUGGGUAAAAUGUUAUACUCUGUUACUGAUUCUGGUUCUGAAUACAGCCUUUUCCAGUCCAUGCUCUACGCUUCUCUUCAGGAGAAAAUUACUUGAAUUAACUUCACUAUCAUGUCAGUAUUUCUAAGAAAUAAUACUUGCUCUUUCAAUCAGUGAUCCAAUGCUUCUGGCUUUCUUCUGUGUUUAUUCCCACUGUUACAUUAUAGACGAUAAUGAGCCAAAAAAUAUUAUCUAA